GCGAGACGACCAAGGAGUUUAAGUGCAACAACAAGCUGAUCGGCGCGCGGGCGUUUUACCAGGGCUUUAAGAGCGCCAACGGGAUGAAUCUCGCCGGUGACUGGCUGUCUCCCCGCGACGCCAACGGCCACGGCACGUGGUGUGCGGGCGCUGCAGCGGGCAACAGGGGCGUGCCCAUGGCGGGCGGCAAGGCGAGUGGCAUGGCGCCAGCAGCGCGCCUGGCGAUGUACAAGGUGUUCUGGAUGAACAAAGACGGCGACACGUUUGCAGACGAGUCAGACAUCAUCGCAGCCGUCAAUCAGGCCGUGGCGGACGGCGUGGAUGUGAUCUCGCUGUCCCUGGGCGGCGUGAACCCGAUGGACACCUACUUCGAUGACAUCGCUUUCCUCAACGCCAAUCUCGCGGGAGUGUUUGUCGCCUUUGCGGCGGGCAAUGACGGGCCGCCCCAGGGCUUCCGCACCCUUGACAACUACGCACCCUUCUAUCUCACAGUGGGAGCCACUCCAUUGCCCGAGGGGGCCUGACUCUCGCCAGCUCACCAAAGUCAUCCAGGGCAGCAGCUGCCAAUGAAACGUCAGUCUCAGCCUUGCCAUCAGCAGGCG